AUGCAAUACACAAGGGCUGAUGCAAGAGCUAGAGAGCUAAUCCACCUCCCAUCAACACAUCCACAACUCACCACGGCCAUUACUUCCCUUUUUCCUUCCUUUGGUCCUUCCACCAUCUUCCUUGAUCAUUCAUCGUCCGAUGAACCGGAUGUCCCAACGGUUCACGUCCGUUCUUCGGCUCUGGACCCUUCCGCGACUUGGUUAGCACCGAUAGAUGAGGUAGAUGUCGGGAAGAAAGCUUUCAGGAAGAGGUAUGGGCACUAUGAGUUUGUGGUGAUGCCCUUUGGUUUGACCAAUGCACCAGCUGCGUUUAUUAGGUUAAUGAACAGCGUAUUCCAGAAGUUUCUGGAUGAGUUUGUCAUCAUCUUCAUCUAUGACAUCCUAGUGUAUUCCAAGAGUCCUUAG